CGCACGUACGUCACGAAGCAUUCCGUCAGCGCCGAACGCCCUCUCCCAUUUAAAGGCAUUUUGACUUCAUUGUAAUUCAUAUAGUUAGCAAUUUAUUUAACUUAAAAGUAUAGCCGAUUGGAUAGUUGUUUGUACGGUUUUUUCUGUUUGUAUAUUUUGAUGGAUUGAGGCUUAGUCAUAUAAUUCGAUAGUUCCGAUAAGGUCUGCUGUCCGUGCUCCGUCAUUUUGAAAUCCCGUGGUCUCAAGUACAUUUUGCAUUCUUAUUACUGGAUACGAUGAGUGUGGAAGUGGAGAGGAAGUUUGUGUGUGAUGCCAACAUCCAGGACAAAUUAAGAGAAAUUGGAGCAGUGUGUGUUGGGCAGUGCCAGUUUGAAGAUAAGUAUUUUGAUACCCCAGACCAUCACCUCACCCUCAGAGAUGUCUGGCUGCGCUGCCGGCAAGGAUCAUGGGAACUCAAAUGUCCGACGCAGGAAAGUGGGAACCCAGAACUGGGCCUGUGCUCUCGUUACAGAGAGAUAACCAGCCUCCCUGAGAUUAUAGCAAAAGUAAAAGCAGUCAUAAAAGACAAUUGUGGAGAUGAAAAACAUGAUACUGAGCAGGCUGAAGAGCAGAAAAAAGCUGACAAACAUGAGCAGAGAGCAGUUAUGGAUAUGAAGCCUGAGAAAAAAGAAACGGUUGAAGGUGGUAUGCCGUCGUGGCUGGGCGACCUUAACCUGCUGCCGUUUGCCGUGUUCACUACCAGCCGGUGUUCUUUCAGACUUGACGGGGACACCGACAUGGGGGGAGUGCGGGUGGAUCUAGAUCAAGCUGACUUUGGGUUUUGCAUUGGAGAAAUAGAAGUUCUGGUUCCGGACGGAGAAGAGAUACACUCUGCACUGGAGAAAAUUGAGAGGACUGCGCAUAGACUGGGCCUGUCUGGUUAUAAAAAAGUCCCAGGAAAAAUGAAUGUCUACUUGCAAAGAUAUAGACCAGAACACUUCACGGAAUUAUUAAAUGCCAACAUAUUGUGACAGAAAUCUUACAAUCUAGAUAAAGUAAAAUAAAAUAGAUGGCUAGUUAGCCAAAUUCAAGGAAAUAUGUAGCAGAUAUUGGUAGUAUUGAUUUUACAUUCUUUUAAAUCAGCCUAAGCUAUUGAAUCAUGUAGUAUUUUUUUCUGAUGCUGCUAGUGGACAGUGGAGUCAGAAAAUGCAACAAUAAGUAAGUCGUAAUUAUCAGGAAUCCCAGGACAGGUUUAGAGGAAGGGAGAGUAGCAAUAAUGUUGCAUUAACUUAACUAUACAGUGCCACAAAUAUGUGUUUACACAAGUUCCCUUUUCUGCUAAUCUGAAAAUAAGAAUAUAAUGUAAUGCUGAACAUUUAAAAAUAAAUAUGUGUACUCAGUGAGUACA